UAGAUGGUUCCGACCACCAUUAAUAAACUAUGAACUGUCGUAUAAAUUAGGGUUAUUUUAGAUGAUGACACCUAGCUAUAGCUACUGAAACAGAUUAUGUCGCUUUGCUAUGUUUUUUGGGGGAGAACAUUGUUUGCAUCCAUGAGCUAGCUAACUUUUUUUUAUGACCAGCACUGUAAGUGUGCAAGACAACUUUACCAGCAUCAUAGCAUACGUAUAGAUGAAUCGUGACAUAUGAAAUACGAGUGAUAGUGUAAUCAAUGUGUAGUAACCACGUAAAAAUGUAUGAACGCGUUACAUUAUUAUGUGACGUACGUUCAUAUUCAGGUCCUGAUUGGUCAACACAUUUAUUUGACAAGUCAAAUAGUGUUAAAUAGUAUAUUUUUUGACACGCAAAGACCCAAACGGCAUACCAUAGAAAUCGUGGUUGAGAAUGAAACUGAACAAAUGAACAAGGAAACGGCCAACAGGAACUUGAUCCAGACAGAGACUAGAGGGAAACAAGCCAGAACUCCAGUGGUUCCAUCCAGAGUUAGACCCACUGCAAAGGAACCAAAUGUUAUGGCCAGAAACGGCAGUCGCAAGAGUACACAGGCAGAGCACAUAAAGGGCUCAACAGAAAUGGACAUUUCACCGAUUAAGGCCUCUGAUCCCCGAGAAGAUGAGACCGACUUCAAGCAGGACAAAUUUGGGGGCCUUGGUGGAAUGUUUCAGAAAUUACAAAAAGAGCCAACCCCUACCUUUACAAGCUACAUGUCAGAUAAUGAGACGCCUGAAGAGCCCACCCCAGAAAAGGAGCAGACCUCUGAGAACACAAAGAAGAGGCUGAGUCAGGCCAAACAAGACAAAGGAGGACUGAUGAGAGGAAUGUUCCAGAAAGCAACUAAAGACAAACUCUCUUCUCCUUCACUGACGGACAAUCUCUCAGUUCACAGUGAGCUUUUAACCAGCAACAACAGUCUCUCUGACAACAACAACAUCAAAGAGAAGGGAGGCAUCUUCAGUGGAAUGUUCAAGAAGUCUACCAAACCUGUGGAAGAACCACCUCAAACAGAAGAGGACCAGCAGUCGCUACACAGUGAGCUCUCAGCCAGCAAUGACAGUCUCUCUGACACCAACAACCCUAAGGCAAAAGGAGGACUUUUCAGUGGAAUCCUCAAAAAAUCCCCCAAAGCUCCUCGAGAGGGCACACUUGCAGAGGCAUUACACGGUGAACAUUCAGGCAGCAAUGACAGUCUUUCUAAAAACAACAGUAAAGAGAAAGGAGGCAUAUUCAGUGGAAUGUUCAUAAAAUCCCCCAAGCCUGCUGCUGAUGCUUCUCAACCUGAGGACAAGGGGUCAUUACAGGGUGAGCUCUCAGCCAGCAAUGACAGUCUGGCUGACAACAGCAACCCUAAGGGAAAAAAGGGGCUAUUCAGUGGAAUCCUUAAAAAGACCCCCAAAUCAUCUGGAGAUGAAACACCUGCGCAGGACAAUCUUGCAACAUGCAGUGAGCUCUCAGUCAGCAACAACAGCCUUUCUGAUACCAACAACACCACGGAGAAAGGAAGUUUAUUCAGUGGAAUGUUCAAGAAAUCUCCUAUUCCUGCCGAUGAAGGCUCUCAACAAGAAGAGGAGAGAGGUCAAUUCAGUGGAAUGUUCCGAAAAUCACCUAAACCUGCCGAUGAAGGCUGUCAACCAGAAGAGGACAAGCGGUCAUUACACAGUGAGCUCUCAGCCAGUAAUGACAGUCUCUUUGACAACAGCAACCCUAAGGGUAAAGGUAUAUUUAGUGGAAUGUUCAAAAAGGCUCCUAAAACAGCUGAAGCCUCGCAACCAGAAGAGGAUUCAGAUUUGGGAACAGACUGUAAUGACAACCUCUCAGAAAGCAAGGAAAAAACUGGGAUUUUGGGACUCACUGGGAUUUUCAAAAGGUCUCCAAGACCAUCGCCAAAGCCAUCCCCACGCUUCACUGUUGAUAAGGACCCUCUUACUGAGUACAAGGAACUCUCUGCCAGCAAUGACAGCCUCUCAGACUUCACCACAAUUAAGGAAAAUCUCUCUGCACAAAGAGAACUCUCAGCCAGCAAUGGUAGUUUUUCCGACACUACAACCACCAGCAAAGAGAAAAAAGGAGGGUUUGCAGGAAUCUUCAGGAGAACUCCAAAACCUUUAGAGCAACAGGACAGUAUGGACACAGAGCCACUUGUGAGAGGUAGUCAGCUGAAGCGCCGGAGGACAAUCAAGAAGAAGAGACGGGUUGUGUCAUUCCAAGUGAAAAGAACUCUCCCGACGAUUCCAAAACGUACUGCUGCUCGGGACUCUGAUAAGGAGCCUAUCAUUGAGGAGGCUGUGGAGCUGCAAGGGCUGGCCCCACUGCAGGAGAACACAGUGGAGAUCCAGCCUGUGGAAAUGGCAGCAUACCCCACUGAUGGAGUCAACCUUUUGGAGUCUGAAGAGGAGAGUGACGGCCUGUUGGACUGGUGGAGAUCAGUCGAAGGUUGGGAGCAAUGGAAUGAAACAUCCCAUUUCCAAGAGGAUGAAGCAGAUAUGGCGGUGGAGCAGGUGGCUGACCGUGUGUUCAUGGCGGCUCGGCUGUUUGUGCGUCUCUUCAACCAGCGGGGAGCGUCACUGCAGGGCCGUAUCCUGGAGCUGCUGGCCCAGGCCGACGCUGCCGACCAGUUCCACAAGAGGACGGUGACGGCCGCUGUAGGGGGUGGCGUGGCCAGCGUGUGUGGCAGUGUGGCCACCAUCACCGGCCUCAUCCUUGCCCCCUUCACCUUCGGAGCCUCCAUCAUCGUCACCGCUGUAGGCAUCUCCGUGGCGACCGCUGGAAGCAUUGCCUCGGCAACGGCCAACAUCACUGAUACAGUGCACUCCAACAUGGACUGUAAGAAAGUGGAGAAGAUGAUUCAGGGCUACCAGGAGGAGAUCAAGGACAUCAGGGAGUGUAUGGAGUUUGUACAGGAAGGUAUGGAAGCUCUGCAGGAGGGGAACUUUGAAAAGUACACUGAGAGUGCAACCAAGAAGGCUCUGAACCACAACAUUAAGCACGUGAUGAAGGAGGGGGGGCGGGCCGGAAAGAAACUGAUGAUCAACACAGACAAGCUCAUCAGCACCGUGCAGGUUCUAGGCGUAGCAGGGGGGGCCGCCAAAGCAGUUAAGGCCAUCAGCGUUACCACGGGCGUCAUGUCCGCUCUCUUCCUCGCACUUGACGUCUUCUUCCUCGCCAAGGAUUCCCAUGAGCUGCGCAAGGGCGCCAAGACAAAGUUUGCCUCCGAGAUCCGAGAGAUGUGCAAGGACCUGCAGGACGGGCUACUGGAGCUGAACAAGGUGAAAACCCAGCUGCAGAAAACCAUGGAUGGGAUCGAGCUGGAAGAGUACGAGGAGGAGGAGGAAGUGGAGGUGGAAGUGGAUGAUGACCUGGAGUCAGACCCAGUUAAACUCGCUCAGCUGGAGCAAGAGCUGGACCAGUUAGAGGAGAAGUUGGACAAGAAGGUCCAGGAGGAACAGAAAUGGAAUAAAAGCAAGGAGGCGGCAGCUAAGAGUGAGGAAAGGGAAAUGAAGGAGGAGAAGAAUAGUACAAAGAAGGAUAGUAAUAAAGUGGAGGGAAAGAAGGCGAGACCUAAAAGUAAAACAAUCGAGUUGGGUGAGACUGAGAAAGUGGAGAUGGAGAAAGAGCGGACGACUGAGAGGGGAGACACUAGUGGUAGUGUGAAAGGUGAUACUAGCAGCGUUCAGAAUAAAAAAGGGUCAGAGAAAGGGAAAAAGAAAGAUAAAGGAAUGGAGAGUAGAAACACCAAUGAAAAAGGAAAUGUUGAGGGCAAAAAAGAGAAAGGAAAUGAUAGAGGCAGUACGAAUGAGGAGGGUGAAGAAAAGGCAAGAGAGACUGAAAAACAAAGAGGUAGAGGCAAGAAAAAUGAGCUGGCUGAUACAAAGAAAGGGAUUUCAAAUGAAAAUGUAGAGUCUGAAAGGGGGAAGAGUGAAAGAUUGAAGGAACAAAAAGUAGCUGGAUGGGAGACUAAGAUGAGGGUGAGGGAAACUUCAGAAAGAGGAAACGCAAGCAGACAUAGCAGCAAGACUGACAAUGAGCAAAUCCCGAAGAGGAGCCCAAGGGAGAGAGGCAGUAGAGAUGAAAUACCAGCGAUUGCUCCAGGGAGAAGACGCAGUAAAGAUCUGAAGUGUGGGAGCAUAACUGAAACGGGUGAGAUGGAGAGAACGAGUAAGACUGAAAGGGGUGGGGUAGAGAGGGGGGUUAGGAACUGGAGAGCAGAGAUGGAUAGGGGAAGUCAAGAUAAGCACAGUGUUGACUUAAAGGGAGACUCAGAGAGGGGGAAGACAAAAGAGGAAUCUGAGGUGAAAAGAACGAGUGGGGUUGAGAGAGGGACAGCUAAAGGGACCUCUAAGGAGGCAGGAGUGAUGGAGAGAAUGUCCAGGAGGGAAAACAAAGACAGGGAGUUGGGGUGUAAGAGGGAAAGAGCUGAGGAAAAGCGUGGGAGUAAGAUUGAGAAAAUGCAAAGAAAAUUUGAAAGUGGUAGGGAGGGAGGCAUCAGAAAUGAAGAUGAGGUUCAUCAGAGUAAAAGGGACAGGAAGGAGGGUGAUGUUGAAAGGAAAAGGGAAGAUGGUGAUGCUGAGCAGAAGCCUCUCCGCCAAGGCGCUCAUCCACACUCCAAAGACAUCUGCCAAUUUUACAUCUGAUGCAUUAUUAACUGAGUACUUAAAGAAGUAUUCUAAAAGGGAUUAACCUAGUGUUUGGUUUUAUAUUAUUUACUUGGAGACAAAUUGAGACAAAGACAGUCAUUGUGUUUUAAAUAUUUGAUAGAGCAAUGGAACUCAAAUGUGCCUUUUUAUACACAUUUUUCAUGACAAAGAGAUUUUUUAAACUGUAAAGAUUGUUGUAUGAAAAUUAAUUUCUCGUGGACAGACAUACAUCAACAAUUGUCUGGAAGGAAUGGGAUGUAUGGAAUAACAAGCAGCAAAAGUUCCGGUUUUGGUUUUUUUUGUCACUGGUUAUUUGGACAAGUCACAAUUUCGCAGGUGUUAGCAUGUUUAGAAUUUCGGAAGUGAAGUGGACAUUCGGCCAUAACUUUCAAAUAGGGUGGAGCUCCUUGUUCCGCUCCUCAUUCUAGCAUCUCAUGUAUGGACCUUGAAUUUAAUCGAGCACCUGACCAAAUGCUGGGGACUUUAGUUAUCGGUUAACCAACAUUAUAUGAACAAAUCGCUGUCCAAAAGCUGGUAGCAAUUCAUAUAGAUGUCAAUGAACUCCAUAGGAAGAGUCGCACUGACUCAAAGCACUUUAUAGAGCAAUGGCUGCUGCUCAUUGGGCCGAUUCUGACCUGAAAUAAGCGCACAUAAAUGGAACGUAAUUACUUUUUUAAUGCACUUUUCUCUCUAUGCGUAUUCUGACCUAAACUUAAGCAAGAGAAAAGCAUGCUAUUCACCCGCUAUUUGUUCGGGGUGGAGAUCUAAUAAAAUGGAGGUGUGGCAGAGGUGUGUUUAUAGAUCCUCCAUAUUCUGAUUUUGCCUUAAUUCCCUCAUAAUUCCACCACCUUUAUGCAAAAGAAAUUAUGAAUAAGGUUGGAACGAACCUGCCGGUUUCAAGUGGGAAAAGCAUCUACUUUAUUUAUAUAUAAAUAACAGCAUUCUCCAUGCACUGUAAUACAUACAUUGAUAAGAGCUAUAUAAGUUUGGAGAAAGGGAUUGCAAAUACACAUAGCAAUUGUUUUAGAUCAAUCAUCGUUAUGAUCCCUGGAGAAGAACGUGAAACCAGUCAUAUGGAAGAAAACUGAAAAUCAUAUCAACAUGACAUGUAUUGCGGCACCUUUUCCAAAGUGAAGUAGGCUGUAAACAGCUGUACCGUUAUUCUGAAUUUGAAUUGUGCGCCAUCAUAAUUUGCGUAGAUGAAAUUUGGAGAGCCAAGCUAUAGGUUUCUGUAGAGCUGAACCUGACGAUUUGAUGCAUGCGCUUUCGAAUGUUUGAAUGGUAUGCCCGGGCAUUUAUACGUAUUAUUUUACCAUUUGUAUCAUGUUAAAUAUGAUCCACUAUUGGGAACCACCAUCAGUAAUACCCACAAACAUUUACAACUGUCACUUUAAUGUUCGUUUUCUUCAAUUUGUAGCUUACAUUUUGCAUCAUUCCAUUCCGUUUACGUGUCUUUCCUCUGUCACGUCUGUGGAGUUGUUCCCGAGGGUCGCUAGCGUUAGUGGUUCAUAUUAGGCUAAUGUUGUGCAAUAAUUUGGGACAUGUAGCCUAUUUGAAUCAUUAUGGAACUCAGACCACACGUAUCAGGUUAAACCUGGAGCCUGGCACACGGUUCACGACUACUGGACCGGUCACACAGUUCCAUGAUUAGUGAGGAAUAGGAUAGAUAUCAUUAUUGUUCAUUCCUAUUGUGCACUUUUCCCCACCUUACAAUAUUUCAUGGAUUGAAUAUGACAACUUUCAGGGUGCAUUUUUUAUUCAUAAAUGCAUUCUGUGCGUAAAUGUUCUACAAACCUGUUUAUUUUAUUUUGUGAUUCUUACAUACUUUCUUAACCCUAAAAUGUGUUUAAAUUAUCAGAAUAUUUUUAAAUACACCAGUUGGUGCUGAAACGGAGACGAAUAUGCAUAUAUUUAGAUGGCUUUCUUUUAUUGAUCUCUAUAUUCUGAACCCAUUCUCAAUGUAUUCUAGUCAGUCUGUUGACAGAAUUUGAAUUUUAAAAAAGGUACACAGUAUUUAAAAGGGAUGGCUUAAAAUGAACGUAGGUUACUGAAAAUCCUGUUGAAAGAACACUGACCAGGAAGUGAGAGGGAUUUCAGCAGUUGAAUUAACCUUUUCAUGGGUGAGUUCCAAAUAUCUUUAACGGUCCCCAGCGUGUUUUUGUUAUGCACGUUAUGUUAGAAUGCCCUCACUAGCUUGGUUUCCAACCAAUUGGCAACAGAUUUUCAUUCAAAAAUCAGUAUAAAGAAAAUAUGUGCAUUUGCCCACCAGUGGCGUUUCUACCAAAUGGACUUGUUGUGGAUAAAAAUCAGUGCGUGAUGACGUAGUGCAGACGAAAUGUACUUUUUUUGCUUACGUUUUCAUGUACUGAAUAAAAAUCUAAAGUUCAA